AUGGAUAGAUUGUUGCAGCAGCUCUGCUCCCUGCGGCAGGGUCGAGCUCUGGCUCUCCUCCACUUCACCUCUCUCCUGUACCUAGCCUCAGGUGCUCUUCCCUGGGAUAAGAAAGCCAGCCCAUCCCCUCUGGAGGGGUUUCAGGUGGUGAAGGGGAAUUUCUCUCGGAUUUUCCUCCGUGUUGGCUACCAUAAGAUUGCAGAGAUUCCUGCAGGAGCAUGCAACAUCAGCAUACAGGAGACAAUAAAGAGCCGAAACUACCUGGCUCUGCAGACCCAGAGUGGUGUCUCCAUCAUCAAUGGCAACUGGGUAAUUGACAGGCCGGGGAUUUUUACUGCUGUGGGAACACAGCUGAUGUACCAACGACCCAAUGAAAUUCGCUCUCGCAAUGGAGAGUCCAUCACUGCACCCGGGCCACUGACUGAGGACCUGCAUGUUUACUUGAUCUACCAGCAGCCAGGUCCCAGCGUAUACUAUGAAUACAGCUUGCCUUUACAAAACACACACCCAACUCCUGAGCCAGAUACACCUUCUGAUAUUCUUCCCCUGGCUAAGACAGUAGACCCACCCCACUCAGGUGAGGAGGUCAACCAGGGCGACGACAUCAUCAAAGAGAAACCCCACCCUAACCAGGUUCCUUCGGAGCCCAGCGUGAACUCUGACCCUCAGCCCACCUACACCUGGACAAAGAAUGGGCACACAGAGUGCAGCACGACCUGUGGCACUGGGAGGCGUCAGGUACUCUGGGAGUGUGUUCAGAAAGAUUCCCAGGUGACUGUUUCUGCUGACCUCUGUGACCCUGCCCUUGAACCAACAGACCGGGAAGAGGACUGCAACACUCAGUCCUGUCCUGCAUACUGGGACGUAGGGGAGUGGUCAGAGUGCAGCAGGAGGUGUGGACCCGGCACUCAGCACCGCCAGGUCAUCUGCCGCCAGGUCACUCACAUUCAUGCCAAUGGGACGGAGACCUCAGUUACCAUGGCACCAGAGCUGUGUGGGUUGUCUGACAGGCCAGUGACCAAGUCUACAUGUCAGCUGAAGAUUUGCAGCCAGUGGGAGAUACGAUCUGAGUGGAGCCCGUGUUCAGUGCCAUGUGGGGUGGGCCAGCGCAGCAGGGAGGUGGUGUGUGUGAGCAACCAGGGUGAUGUGGAGGAGGAUGAGGAAUGUAACAUGAACCUAAAGCCAGAAACACUACAGAACUGUGACAUGGGAGCCUGUGCACGCAGCUGGUUCACCUCCCUCUGGAGUCAACGGUGCUCUGCAGAGUGUGGUCAAGGCAAUCGAACCCGGACGACAGUGUGCCUGAUAGAUCACGUGACUGAUCUCCCAUUGGAUAGCUGCGAAGGGGAACGCCCACCAGAAGUGACAUCGUGUGACUCAGGCCCCUGCCAGGACCGCCUGGAGUGGUACACUGGACCCUGGGGUCAGUGUUCUGCAGAGUGUGGGAACGGCACACAGACCCGGAGUGCAGCUUGUAUUUUCAACAACAACGGUCGCAUGGAGGUUGUGAACCAGUUUAAAUGUUCCAGUCUCUCUCAACCAAUCACAACUCAGCCCUGCAGACUGAAGCCAUGUGGCAUCCAGUGGUAUGUCACAGAGUGGAGUGCAUGUUCACGCUCCUGCAAUGGUGGCUACCGCGUGCGUGAGGUGCGAUGUCUUGCUGACAACAUUGCUCCAAGUGACAGUUGUGACCCCAGUUUGACCCCAGAGAGCCGAGAAGAAUGCAACAAACAACCUUGUUUAGCUGAGAUAAAUCCAUCAUGCAGCGACCAGUAUCAUAACUGUAUGGUGGUGGUUCAAGCCCGACUCUGCAUUUACCCUUACUACAGAAGUGUCUGCUGUGCCUCCUGCUCCCGUGCCCAGAACACAUACCCCAACGCAUUUCAAAAGAACCAAAUCCGCAGGUGAUGCUGCUACAUCACUUCGGGUCACAAUUAAGUCUGAUAAAACAGCACUGUAAACGUGACAUCUAGCUCUGUUGUCACUCUGUGUGCAACCAAUUAACUAAUCAGCUGCUUUCUUCUGUUUUGUCAACAUUGCCACACACACACACCACCACAGCAUCAAUACAGCUGUUAGGGUGAGAUCUUGUUUCAUAAGACAAUGAAUGAAUGAAGAAUAACCUGAAACUUUCUUAAUCUCAAAAAACAGACACAAACACACUUUUUUAAAGAAUGUCACCAUGUAUAGGUUGAAGUUUGA